AUGUCAGCGCCAGCAACGACGUACCAAGCAUUGCUGACUACUCAAUCUCCCGCAUUGCCGGUCUAUAUUAUUACAAGUUUUACUGUAUUAACUACCACAUGGCCGGCUAUGCAGUACACCAGUCAAACAACUGCUCUUAUGUCGAGCCAAGCGACAACAGGCGGAAUGUCUACAAGUAUCAUAUCGACUAUAAUCGCAACUAGUAUAAUGACUACAGUUGGAACAACUACAGGUGGAAUGACUACAGGUGGAAUGACUACAGUGGGAUCAACUACAGCCGGAAUGACUACAGUUGGAACAACUACAGGUGGAAUGACUACAGUGGGAUCAAAUACGGUCGGAAUGACUACAGUUGGAACAACUACAGGUGGAAUGACUACAGUGGGAUCAAAUACGGUCGGAAUGACUACAGUUGGAACAACUACAGCCGGAAUGACUACAAUUGGAACAACUACGGUCGGAAUGACUACAGUUGGAACAACUACAGCCGGAAUGACUACAGUUGGAACAACUACGGUCGGAAUGACUACAGUUGGAACAACUACGGUCGGAAUGACUACAGUUGGAACAACUACAGUUGGAAUAGCUAUAGUUGGAACUACUAUAAAUAAGACAUCAGCUAUCACUGUAACAAAUAUAGUGCCUACAAGAAGUAUAACUACGCGUGAGGUGAUUACAAGUACGUCAUUAACCAUUAUGACGUCAAGGAAAAUUACUACGGACGGAAUGACGACAGGCGAGAUGACCACAGGUGAAAUGAGUGCAAGCGGGAUAUCUACACGUUUGACAUCAACUAUCGUGACGACACGCGAAAUUACUACAAUUAUGACUACAACGUUACUACCACGGCACAACUUUUCACUAUGGAAUCCUGAUACUUGCAAUAGCGCCAACUUUAUUAAGCUAUCUAAUAAUACAUGUGUAGCAAAGCAGGAUGCACAAGUCAUUGGCUGUGGGCUCGUACACAAUCGAUCGUUGAGCGAUGAAUACAUAGCCUAUGGAAUAUCUCUAUAUAUUAGUUCAACUACUAAUUCGACUACUGUACGAAAUAAUACAUGUGUUUUGACACCGAGUGAAAUCGACGAUGCACUUUAUAAUCGCACGUCAACAAAUUUACUGAUCAAUUCCUAUACAUCAUUAGUUAUGAUUCAGCAACCAAAUCGUGAUGAUGGCGUAUUCAUUCUAGGCGCAUCAUUCAACCGAGGUAUUGGUGGGGACAUCGUCGAUACAAGAAAUAAAGAAAAUGUCACACGGUCAAAUAUAUCUGCGGCAGCUAUUGUAAAUCGAGAAUCUCUGGUUGGUGUCACAUCUUUACAAGUGAUUAUUAUUGAUAAACCUACGGACUAUGAACAUGCUGAUAAUAAGACAAAUAAAACAGUUCUUUCAUCGGUUAUUAUUGUUAAUCUAGAACGAAGCAGAUCAAGCGUAACUCCACUACAAAUCUCAUUAUACUUUAAUCCUUUAGAAGAAUACCAGCACAAUGGAAGUGGAACGCAUCUUUGUUCAUAUCUUAAUACAACUACUUCCACCUGGAGUGAAACUGGCUGUUCGAGUGCUCAGUUUUCGGAGGAACAUAAUCGCUACGAAUGUACCUGCAAUCACACAACAUCGUUUGCUCUUGUUUGGUUACCUACAUCACUAGAAACAACGAAUUAUACAAAAGAACUCGAUGCACAAGAUAUUACUUCACUGAUCUUUCAAUUAGCCUCCAUAAUAUGCUUUUUAAUCAUUCUAACACAUGCUACUGCCACUCGCAUUAUCCAGCCAAUGCGAAGUAUCCCAGCACUUAAUCUACUUCCGCUGAUUUCAACAGCAAGUUCGACAAUUUUGUUUAUUUUCUUCAUCGCUCUCUCACUGACUGUUUAUACGCAAACAGCAUCUUCAGAUCAAAUUGUUUGUUUUCCGACUUCCAUUGUAUUAAUGUUUAUCACAUAUUUCCUGCUGAUAUUCAUGUUUUGUGCAAAAACAAUAACUGGUUACUUUUAUUUUCUUCGAUUUGUUCGACUUUUUCCGCAACCAACUCAUCGAAGAUUAUACCUUAUGCUUCUUCUCUCUUUUCUCAUUGCUUGCGUAUUUGUUUCGUUCGCAAUUGGCUUUUACAGUCAAUUAUCCUAUCAAAUCAUACGAUUAUAUCCAUAUAAAUUAUGCUGGUUCAAUCGUCCAUCGAUUUAUUAUUUUAUGACAAUACCAAUUGGACUUUCUCUCAUCACAAAUCUGGUAACAAUAAGUUUCGUUGCUAAAAGUAUCAUCACCCAUGCGCGCAAUGCUGCGACAUCGAAACAAAUUAGUGAACGAUUGAGACGUUGUGUAAUUGUUCUACUAUCAUCCUGCAUCUUCCAAGGUCUUGGGUGGAUAUUCGGGCCAUUGAUUUCGUUUGUUAAUCCGAUGGCUGGAAAUGUAUUGACAUGGUUAUUUAUUAUCAUCAAUGGUUUAGAAGGUGUUUGGUCGGUAAUUUUAUAUGUGCUUAUACGAUUACAACGAUUAGAUGAACAGAAGAUUGUGUCAGCUGCUAUGGAGCUUCCGAAAGCAAUUGCGAAUGUACCGAAGAAGGUGAAAGAUGGUGACAAAGCUGCACUCUCUUCAAUGAAGAAUUUGCGCCAACGCGAAUCGAGGAAUGGUUCAAGUGAAGAGAACAAUUGGUUAAAAUAA